AUGUACAGCAAUCUUCGACUGCGCUUCCGCACAACCAUUCAAGACAUCACCAAUAUCCUGAUUGGCAUGGCUCUGGAUCCCCGACUGAUGCCUGGCGUGGCCGCGGAAAUGCGCUCAGUGCGAUCCACGGCUUCGACACCGAGUUUACGAUCGCGGGGGAGUGAUAUGACGAUAGGGAGAGAUGCGCCGGGAGGAAAUGUCAGAGUGGUGGUUCGAGUGCGGGCAUUUCUUCCGAGAGGUAUAGAUGGAAUCGCUCCCGGAUGGAGAGUGGAAGACGAUGCUAAUGAUUGCGUAGAGAUUGAGAGAGGUGCGGAGUGCUUGAUUGAGAUGAAUCCCAAAACCCAGGCAACAAAGCUUCUCGUACCGAAUGACACCGACCCAGCCAACUCCCGUUCCAAGACGCGGAAGGUCUUCGAGGAGAAGUCUUUCACGUUCGACAAUUCUUUCUGGAGUCACAAUACGAAGGACGAGCAUUAUGCCCACCAGGAGGAUGUCUACAAUAGUCUGGGAGAGGAGUUCUUGGACCACAACUUCGAGGGCUACCACACUUGCAUCUUCGCAUACGGCCAAACGGGUUCUGGGAAGAGUUACACUAUGAUGGGCACGCCUGAUCAACCUGGACUGAUCCCAAGAACCUGCGAGGACCUGUUCCAACGAAUCGAAGCCGCGCAUGAAGAAACCCCGAAUAUCUCCUACACUGUCCGAGUUUCCUACUUCGAGGUCUACAACGAGCAUGUUCGCGACCUGCUGGUCACCCAGCAACCCGGCCAGCCCCCUUAUUAUCUCAAGAUUCGAGAGUCACCCACUGAAGGGCCGUAUAUCAAGGAUUUGACCGACGCACCGGUCCGCAACAUCGCGGAGAUCUUGAAGCACAUGAAGAACGGAGAUGCUCAGCGCACGACGGCCAGCACGAAGAUGAACGAUACUAGUAGCAGAAGUCACUCGGUCUUUACAAUCAUGCUAAAGCAAAUCCACCAUGACAUGGACACGGACGAGACCACGGAACGAGUGGCUCGAAUCCGGUUGGUCGAUCUGGCUGGCAGUGAGCGCGCAAAGUCAACAGAAGCAACUGGUGCACGACUCCGUGAAGGAAGCAACAUCAACAAAUCUCUAACAACUCUCGGCCGCGUAAUUGCGGCACUGGCAGACCCAAAGCAACAACGCCCCGGAAAGCGAAGCAAGGAUGUCGUACCGUACCGUGACUCGAUCCUCACCUGGCUGCUCAAGGAUUCGUUGGGAGGAAACAGCAAGACGGCAAUGAUCGCCUGCAUCGCCCCCUCGGACUAUGACGAGACCCUGUCCACGCUCCGCUACGCUGACCAGGCGAAGAGGAUCCGCACCAGAGCUAUCGUCAAUCAAGACCAUGUCUCUGGCGCGGAGCGCGACGCCCAGAUUACUGCUAUGGCUGAAGAGAUCCGCCUCCUCCAGAUGAGCGUCUCCGACACUCGUCGUCGUGAGAAGGAGGACAGAGCACAAGAGGAGAGGCUGGAGGAUUACCAGACGCGAGUGUUGGCUAUGCAGCGCUUGAUGGAGGAGAAGGGCAUGGUAGCCGAGGGCAAGAUCCGCAGUCUGACAACCGAGAACGAGGCCCUGAGACUGCAUCUCAAGCUUGCUCUCGACAGUCUGAGAAACCCGAUCGAGGUCCGCAGUACACGGAACAGCAUGCGUGUGCCGAGUAUGGGGGCUGGCGAGGAGAGUGGCGAGAGUAAGGAGAAUGGUAGCGCGAAGGGGCCGGUGCAGGAAGAGUACAGUGACGACGACGAGGGUGUUGAUCUGACGGAGCACGAGGAGAAGGCGACCGAGACGCAGGAAUUCAUGAAGACGCUGCUGAGAGACCUGGAUUUGUUCAAGCGGAAGAUUGGGCACGAUAAGGAGCGGUUCCUGGCACCGCUCAAGGAGGGAGUAUACGUUUGA